GCUAGCGGACACACGCGCCUCACUCACACUCAAAAAACGUCUGCAAUCAAAGACCCGCUUCACGACUCGCGUUGCGUGGGGGGAAAAACAGGAACCGAGGGAGGAGGAGAGUCUUAACCACGAAAAGAGGAGGAGAUAAACGACAAACCGCAAAAGACAAAACUGACAGAGGGAGAGAGACGGAACCGACAACGCUGAAGACACACAGAGUAGCGGAAAGAGAGGAGAGGAACGAGAGAGAGAGAUACAGCACAAGAAACGACGACUAGUGGGAAUUACUAAAAAUACCCAACCGGGCUUCCAGAGGCUGCCCUGUCGUCCACCUCCCUCUCUCCAUCUCUCUCUCUCUCUCUCUCUCUCUCUCUCUAUCUGUCCAUCCUUGCAGCGCUUCGGCGCGGGUCCUCUCUACUCUGAAUACCUGUUCCGCGGGAUUAAAAUGACUUAAAAUUCAAUCAGUGGACGGAAGGGGUGAGAGAAGGAGGGAUGAAAAAAGAGGGGUUUGUCCUCUGAAGAGAUUCAGUGUGCUACAGCUGGCGAGAGCAAGAAAGAGAGAGAGAGAUCAGGAGAGAGAGCGAGAGAGGGAGAGAGAGAGAGAGAGAGAGAGGGGAACGAUUGAGAGGGAGCCGAGAGAGGUGUGGAAGAACGCCAGAGCAAGGAAGAGAGAAGAAGAGAGGGGAGGAGGAAGAGAGAGAGAGAAGGUCUCAUCUUCUUUUCCUCCAAGGGGAAUAACAGCAUAGCCUGCUCCCCAAGGAAUAGCUGAAACUCAAAACGGACACACGCAGGAGAGACAGGAGUACAGAUGCGACCUUCUCAUCUUUUGCUUCUCUUCCACAAGCUCCCUCUCUACAUCCAUCUGUUUUCCUCCCCUCUUCCUCUCCCUCCUCUCCUAAGAGAUUUGGGUUAUGCUUACUGGCAUCUGCUCUGUGUAGCGCUGCAUACCAAGAACAGAGGAUCCUUUCUGGGAGUAAAAAAAAAAAAAAGAAGGGAAACAAAAUAAACGACAGGAGAGAAAUAAUUGCAACCGUUUUUCCAGGAAUAUUCAUGAGAUCCUUUUUAAGCAUAUGUAAUCUCCUAAAUGACAACGGCAACUGAAUUGAUGCCUUGACCGAAACCGGCGUGCGGGGAGGGAAAAAAAAGGAAAGGAUGACCAGCCCUGAAAGGGGAGAAGGAAAAAGGAUGGAGGGAACACUGAUGGAAUAAAGGAGGGGGGGGGAGCUGAUGAGCAGAUGAGCCCGUGCAGGAGGUGGCGAACAAGGGGAGCGAGGGAGAGGAGGACUGGCGAAGAGGUGCGAGGAACAGCAGAGCUUUGGAUCAGCGCUCGUUAGCUUGAGGAAAGCACACAGCAGGGAGGACGCAGAAAUAUUUUUUUUUGGGGAAAAACAAACGACAAAAAAAAAAAAGCAGUGGACGAAGGAUAGAAAAGACGUCUUGACUUUACUCUGCUGGAAAUGUUUUCAUGGAACGCACAUCUACUUACCGGCACGUGCACACACACAAACAUAUACACACACACCACAGACAAGCAUACAGUGGAAUUUUCCGUCUGGACUAACCGCUUGUAUUGAAACCUCACUCAUUCGACCCAAAUCCGGUCUUUGAUGUUGCAAGAGUUGGAAUACAAAUGCACACACGCAUACACACUCGAUGAUAUACACACACACACACACUCGUACCAGCGAAGUACUGCCGGCCUCGUCCACCCUCCCCCUACCAGAGGAUACACACCUGAGCCUGGAUUUACACGUGGACGACGCCCUUACACACUGUUGCCUCUCUCUCUUACACACACACACACACACACACAUACACACACACACACUCUCUGACAUGUGGAGCUGAUUCACACUUUGGAUCACACAGACAGCAAAGGUCUGUGGAUAACCCUUAUUACCAUGCCACACUCCCUACCCCCCCACCCCUCCCGAAAGUCACGCCCGUCCCACGCUCGGCUCGUCCAUUUCACUCGUUCACACGCCUCCUCUUCACCAUCCAUUUCUCCACCCUUCUCUCUCUCCUCACGCAGAUCCUCCAUCCAUUCCAGCCCACUUUCACACCACCCGUCUUCCUCCUCCUUCCCCUCUUCUCCUCCUCCUCCUCCUCCUCCUCCUCCUCCUCACCAGUGGCCCAAGCUCCCCUGCGCCUGCUCCCCAUCUCCCUCUGCCUUCCCGCCCCCGCUCUCCUUCCAUUGGCUGACGCUGGUGGCGUGCGCCUGCCUGAUUGGCCACGCUCCGGCCGGCGCGCGGGCCGGUGAGACCUGGGGCGCAGUCUCCUCGUGCCCAUUCCACUGCGUGUGCCGCAACCUCUCCGAGUCGCUGAGCACGCUGUGUGCCGACAAAGGGCUCCUCUUCGUGCCGCCCAACGUGGACCGCCGGACGGUGGAGCUCCGUCUGGCCGACAACUUUAUCCGGGAGGUGGGCGGCGCGGACUUCGCCAACAUGUCGGGCCUGGUGGACCUGACGCUGUCCCGCAACACCAUCCACAUCAUCCGCCCGCUGGCCUUCGCUGACCUGGAGAGCCUGCGCUCGCUCCACCUGGACACCAACCGGCUGAGUGCGCUCGGACCGCGCGACCUCACGGGCCUCCUCAACCUCCAGCACCUCAUCCUCAACAACAACCAGCUGACCAACAUCUCCUCCGAGGCCUUCGACGACUUCCUCCUCACACUCGAGGACCUGGACCUCUCCUACAACAACCUGCGCAAAGCACCCUGGGAAGCCAUCCAAAACAUGGCCUCCUUACACACCUUGAACUUGGACCACAACCUCAUCGACCAAAUUGCCGAGGGCUCGUUUAGCGAGCUCUACAAGCUGGCGCGCCUGGACAUGACGUCCAACCGUCUCCGGACGCUGCCGCCGGACUCGCUGUUUGCGCGCUCGCAGAUCGGUGCCAUCAGCCCGACGCCGUACAACUCCAUUGUGAGCGUCCACUUCGGCGGUAACCCGCUGCACUGCAACUGUGAGCUGCUCUGGCUGAGGCGUCUGUCGCGUGGCGAUGACAUGGAGACGUGCUCAUCACCGCCACAGCUCGCUGGGCGUUACUUCUGGUCGGUGCCCGAGGAGGAGUUUGCCUGCGAGCCGCCUUUGAUCACGCGCCGGACACAUAAGCUCUGGGUACUCGAGGGUCAGCGGGCCACGCUACGGUGCCGUGCCAUCGGCGACCCGCCGCCCGAGGUCCACUGGGUGUCGCCGGGCGACCGCAUUGUGUCCAACAGCAGCCGUGUGGCCUCCUACCGCAACGGCACUCUGGAGAUCCUGGUGACCGUUGCGCGUGACGAUGGGCCGUACCGCUGCAUUGCCAUCAACGCCGCGGGCGAGGCCGCCGCCACAGUCGACCUCAAGGUCAUCCCGCUGCCACACCGCGGCAAUGGCACCGUCAUGCUGACCCGGGACCCCGGCUCGUCCGACAUCACCACGGGGAAGACCAACGGCGGGAGUAGCAGCAAUGGCGCCGGGGCAGCCACCGGCACAAAUGGCAAUGGGGCUGCCUCGGACACACAGGACCCCCAGGUGCCUCAGGACGCGAGUAAGGGCCAGGAGGCCAAGAAGGAGGACAGGGAGGAGGGGGAGGGGACGACGGCCGAGGGGAGAGAGGGAGGUGGGGGGGAGGCAGCCGAGGUGCGGGUGGUGGGGGUGAUAGGGGUGACUUCCACCUCUGCCCAGGUGCGCUGGGACAUGGGCCGUCUGCCAGGCUCCUAUCUAGUAUGGAUGUACCAGAUCCAGUACAACUGCACGGCCGACGACACACUCGUGUACAGAAUCUUGCCAUCCACAAGUGACAGCUUCCUGCUGAAGAACCUGGUGUCCGGUGCUGACUACAACCUGUGCGUGUUGGCCAUCUUCGACGACACGGUCACCUCCCUCGCCGCCACAAAGGUGCUGGGCUGUGCCCAGUUCAGCACCAAGGACAACUACCCAGAAUGCAACUCUCUGCGCGCCCACUUCCUGGGCGGCACGCUGACCAUCCUGGUGGGCGGCGUGGUGGUGGUGACACUGCUGGUGUUCACCGUCGCGCUGAUGGUGCGCCACCGCGUCUGCAGCCACCACGACGACGGUUGCCACGGCGGCCUCGGAGGCGGAGGCGGCGACGAGGCCGGCUGCUCGGUGGGCUCGGCGUCGCCGACGCUCCCGGCGAAGGGCGCCGACGUCUUCGGCCAGAGCAACGGCAACGGGGGGGUGAUGAUGGUGGUGCUGCCCAACGGGGUCUUCCAGAAGCAGAAGGCCGGGGAGUGUGGAGCCACGGACGGAGGGGGAGAGUCCGGUCAUGGGGAGAGGUCUCCGACGCAGGGCAGGCCCAAGCCCAAGACGCUGCCCAAGCCCAGGGUCAACCUGGACCAGUAUCGGGCGGCGGCGUCCAUGGACGAGUCGGGCGUGCUGGAGCACAAGCUGCUCCCGCCGUACACGCCCGAGAGCGAGAGGCUGCCGCUCUUCUACUCGCCCUCGUCCAGCCCCUCGCCGUCCACACUGCCCCGCCAGUCACGACGGCCCUCGGCGGCCGGGGGGACGAGGCUGGGCGGGGCCAUGGGGCAGGUGAAGGUCAGCUCGCGGCCGCAGACGCCACAGGGUGGGCUGGAGGUGGAGCUGCCCAAGCGGGGCAGCCUGACGUUCGCCACCACCACACCCACUCGUGGCCGCGCCGGCGAGUUCGGCGAAUGGCGCUCCAGUUUGGGGGCGGAGGGGGUGGUCGUGGUCAAGCGCGGCGGCAGCAGCCAGUGGAACUCCUCGCAGGCCUAUCAGAGCCCCGCGCUGCUCGGCGCUCUCUUGACCCCUCCUCUCCCGCCCCGCUCCCCUGCCCACUCCUGCCGCUCGCCCGUACACGGCAGCCCCGCCCACAUGGCCCUGCGCACCAAGCGCAGCUCGUCCUUCGACAUGGGCGAGAUCGCGGCGGCCGGCGCCAUGGUCACCACCACCACGCACAACGCCUCCGCCUGCUACACCUACGCCAAGCGCUUGGGCGCCAUCUGGACGCGGCGGAGCCAGUCGCUGCACGGCAUGCUGGUCCAGUGCGCGUCGGCCACCAGCACGUCCACCACCAGCAGCGGCGAGGGCAGCGUCAGCAGUGGCGCGGACCUGCAGGCACGGACGCCCAGGGUCCGCGUCGUCGCCCACGGCCCCGCCAGCUCUGCCACCACCGGCCGCAACACCGCCGCUCCGCCCAUCAGCCACACGCUUGACCGCAAGAAGGACAAAAAGGAGACGAAAGACGAGGAGUUGGAGGAGAGCGUAGUGUAAUGCGUAGAGACAGACGCAGCACUUUUUUUUUUAAAGAGAACAAAACAACAAAGAGAGAUACAAGGAAAAGGUCGAAAAUGAGAACGCUGACACUCACAAGUGCAGAGGACAACAUUAGGGGGGCUUUGUUGGCGGAAAGGUAGAUGGAAACGGACAGACUGUCAAGAUCUGACAGGAAGAGAGAUACAGAGACGAGAGGAAGCAAAGGAUGAAAGAGGGAGAAAGAGAGAGAGACAGAGAGCAGAGGAAGAAAGUGAAAUGGUGAAAGGUACAGUGUAAAAACAUGGGGAAACACAUUUGCCCUUGUCGGCACAACUGCUGCCAGAGGGCAAAUCCAGAUAUAAAGAGAGAGAUAGAGAGAGAGAGAGAGAGAGAGAUAAAGAGAG